GGGGGACACAGAGGGAGGAAGAAGCGGCGUCGGCUGCUCCUCGGUGCAGAGGGGGAAACUCCGCGGGCUCCGAGCAAGAAUAAUGCGGUAGCAAGGCGGGCUGCUUGCUCCCGGCUCUGGCAUUAGCGGAGCCAGCCCGAGCAGCGGCAGCGGCAUCACCCCAGGCGCUGACAGCCCCGCCGGCCGGCUCCCUCGCUGACUGCCGACUGUCAAUGGAGCUGGAAAACAUCGUGGCCAACACGGUGUUGCUGAAAGCCCGGGAAGGGGGUGGAGGAAAGCGCAAAGGGAAAAGCAAGAAGUGGAAGGAAAUCCUGAAGUUUCCUCACAUCAGCCAGUGUGAAGACCUCCGAAGGACCAUAGACAGAGAUUACUGCAGUCUAUGUGACAAGCAACCAAUCGGAAGACUGCUUUUUCGACAGUUCUGUGAAACCAGGCCUGGGCUGGAAUGCUACAUUCAGUUUCUGGACUUAGUGGCAGAAUAUGAAGUUACUCCAGAUGAAAAACUUGGAGAGAAGGGGAAGGAAAUAAUAACCAAGUACCUCACUCCAAAGUCCCCAGUUUUCAUCACCCAAGUUGGUCAGGACCUGGUCUCCCAGACAGAGGCGAAGCUCCUGCAGAGGCCCUGCAAGGAACUCUUCUCUGCUUGUGCUCAGUCUGUCCAUGACUACUUAAAGGGAGACCCCUUCCAUGAGUACCUGGACAGCAUGUAUUUUGACCGUUUUCUGCAGUGGAAAUGGUUAGAAAGGCAACCAGUGACCAAAAACACUUUCCGGCAGUACCGAGUGCUGGGAAAAGGGGGCUUUGGAGAGGUCUGCGCCUGCCAGGUUCGGGCCACAGGUAAAAUGUAUGCUUGCAAACGCUUAGAGAAGAAGAGGAUCAAAAAGAGGAAAGGAGAGUCUAUGGCACUCAAUGAGAAGCAGAUCCUUGAGAAGGUCAACAGCCAGUUUGUGGUUAAUCUGGCCUAUGCCUAUGAGACCAAAGAUGCACUGUGCCUGGUCCUAACCAUAAUGAAUGGGGGUGACCUGAAAUUUCACAUCUACAACAUGGGGAACCCUGGCUUUGAAGAAGAACGAGCCUUGUUUUACGCAGCUGAGAUCCUCUGUGGCCUGGAAGACUUACACCGUGAGAACACUGUCUAUAGAGAUCUAAAACCAGAAAACAUCCUGCUGGAUGAUUAUGGCCACAUUAGGAUCUCAGACCUGGGAUUGGCUGUGAAGAUCCCCGAAGGAGACCUUAUCCGUGGCCGGGUGGGCACUGUUGGCUACAUGGCCCCAGAAGUCCUGAACAACCAGAGAUAUGGCCUGAGCCCUGACUACUGGGGCCUGGGCUGUCUCAUCUAUGAGAUGAUUGAGGGCCAGUCACCAUUUCGAGGCCGCAAGGAGAAAGUUAAGCGGGAGGAGGUGGAUCGCCGGGUGCUGGAGACUGAGGAGGUAUACUCCUCCAAGUUCUCUGAAGAGGCCAAGUCCAUCUGCAACAUGCUGCUCACCAAAGACUCGAAGCAGAGGCUGGGCUGCCAGGAGGAGGGGGCUGCUGAGGUGAAGAGGCACCCCUUCUUCAGGAACAUGAACUUUAAGCGCUUGGAGGCUGGGAUGCUGGACCCUCCCUUUGUUCCGGAUCCCCGGGCUGUGUACUGCAAGGAUGUGCUGGACAUCGAGCAGUUCUCCACUGUGAAAGGUGUCAACCUGGACCAUACGGACAAUGACUUCUACUCUAAGUUCUCCACAGGCUCUGUGCCAAUCCCAUGGCAAAAUGAGAUGAUAGAAACAGAAUGCUUUAAGGAGCUGAAUGUGUUUGGACCCAAUGGUACCCUGUCACCAGACCUGAACAGAAAUCAGCCUCCAGAACCUCCAAAGAAAGGGCUGUUUCACAGACUCUUCAGACGUCAGCAUCAGAACAAUUCCAAGAGUUCACCCACUCCUAAGACCAGUUGUAACCACCGCAUAAAUUCAAACCACAUCAGUUCAAACUCCACUGGAAGCAGCUAGUUUCAGCUCUGGCCUUGAAGUUCAAGGUGGAACCAUCUUAGACCCUUCUACUUGGAAGCAGAACUUAUAGCUGAUGGAGCUUCCUCUGUGGCCAGGUAGCCAGGAGAGCUUCCCUGGGAACUGGAUUAGGAUACUGUUCAUACCAACAAUAAGCCUCCAAGUUUCUCAAAGAAAUUUCCACUCAGGUCUGUUUUCUAAGGUGGCCCCAAGCAGGGGUGGACUAGAAUUUUCCUUGUUGAACAUUGCAAUAGAAACCCAAAGGGAUAUGACAGCGUACACGGAUUUUAACAGCAUCCUAACUAGAACUGAAUUUUGUCUUUAUUAUUUUUAAAAGGAAAGUUUUGUAAAUUUCUCUAUUGUCUCCGUUUACAUUUUGUAUAUUUGUAUUUAAAUGAAAGUCAGACUUUGAGGGUGUAUAUUUUCUGUGUAGCCACUGUUAAGCCAUGUGUUUUAAGACAUUUUAGAUGGGGGGGGGGGCGUUACAAAAACAAUGUGACUCUAGACUUCCAGAGCCUCGAAAGAGAAAAUGUUUUUAUUAAAUGUAGAAAAUGUUCCACCUUUUACCUUUAAA